AUGGCUCGCGGCGCCCAUUGGCUGAGCGGCGGCGCGCGAAGGUGGCUCGAUGACCUCGCGCACGCAUGGUGGAAGCGAGGCAUGCUUGCGAGGCUUCGCGGCGACCACAGAACCAGUGGCGGGGGCAGGGAGGAGGUGCUCGUCGCGGAAAUCGAGCGUCGAACAAAAUCUUUGGAGGCCGUCUACCUGGGUAACUUCGCAUGGAUGAAAGGCCCGUCCCGCGAUGACGAAGCCGCAUCGGGCGGCGACGCCAGAGACGCUUCGCACGUCUCCCGUGCGUGCCGGGUGCUCGCCACGCACCAGGCCUUAUCCCCCUUCUUCCCGGACACUUCCAAGAUGGUCGACAUCAUCAGGGAACACGAGGGCGCGGAGGCGUUGGCGAGCUCCGUGCUGGGCGCCGGCGUCGCGGCCGCGAUGAUGAUGACGAGGGAUCCGACGGCUCUGGCGGUUCGGAUCGUGCGCGCACUCGCUUACGACCACGGCGACCGGGGAUGGGCGUGGACAGAGGCUCGACCGGGGGUGGGCGUGGACAGAGGCUCGACCGGCGAUCGACGAUCGGCGGAGGCGUUCGCGGGGUCGGCCGCGACGGGGAUCGAACCCGGGACGACGGGACGCAUCGGCGACGUCGGCGACGACGACGACGAAGCGGCGUACGCGAUGGAGACGUCCAGGUGCCUCUACCACUCGCUCUUCGCGGCUGAGGGAGUGCCGGGUCUCGUCGCGGCUACGUGUUGUGCGGUGGACGGCGAGGCGUGGUUCAGUCGCGUCCCCGCUCGACACGGCGUGACGGUGCGGCGGACGGAGUCCCUGGGCGCGGGGGACGGGCGGUGCGUGAUCAGGGUGGAGCGUCGGCGCGACGCGAGGCGGUUCGUCGCGUCGAACGGUGAGUAUCAGGGCAAAGGGUCAUGA